AUGGAAUCAAUAAAAAAUUACCUUAAGAUAAACCCAACAAUUAAUAGUAAAAUAAUCUAUGACAAACAAAAGCCAAUGAUAAAUGUUGAUCAUAAACGAAAAGAAUCAUAUCAAUCUGAAUUAUAUGAAAAGGAAAAAAACCAAAUGUUCAUUUAUCUCAAUAACCUGAUUACAGCCCUUUUAAUUGAAAAAGAACGCCUGAUCAAUUUUACAUUUGAUUCAAAUGAGAAAAUGAAUGAAUUUUAUAACCGUACGAAGUUAGCAGGCAAAAUUAUUGACAAAUUAAAAUAUUUGAUAAACGUAGAAAAAUCUCGUUUCUUACUCAUAGACGAAAUGACAAAGGACAAUAAAAAACUCGAAGAAUCAAAAGCUACUGUAAAUUGGAUGGAAAAAUCAAUAUAUUUAGUUAUUUUGAGAUAUAAUGAAAUUGCAAAAUUUUUAAAUAUUCCGACAAACGAUUUCUAUACAGAAAUUAAAAUAGAAACCGAACCUUUCCAAUCCACAUUUGUUCCUAAAAAUGUUAAACAAGAAAACUUACCGCAACCAAUACAGCUUAAAGAUAAGAGUGCUAUGGUAUCCGAUUUGAGAUCUUCUAUAGAAUUGCUUAGGAGUAAAAUCGUUAAUCAUGGAAUAACUCCAGUUUAUCGGCUUUUGGGAAAAGUAGCAUGCGACCUUAGGUUUAUUUACAAUUAUUCUUGUACGCUUUUCGGAAUGUACGUCGAAGGAUUUGGUAUCAGCAAAUUCGAGGCGAAAGAAAACGCUGCUACUGAAAUGUUACGUUCAAUUCUAAAAAAACAGAAAUUCGGGACACUUUCUUCGCAUAUUAGACCAUUCAACAAAAAAGAAUUAAAAACCAUCAGCCCGUUGAUAAGGUCCAAAAAAAACUACAUGGCUACACUGGAAAACGUGUGCAUCAAAAAUAACUACCCACUACCGAUAUACACGCUUAUAUCGUCUACCAAAAAUGGUUACAAUUUGGAAGACAAAUAUUCAAUCCGAUGCAAUGCGAUCGAUUUUGUUGUGACUGUACACAGUAACAAACAAUUAAUCGCCAAACAAAGUGCAGCACAGAUUAUACUCAGCUUAUGGGGAAAAAAAGAUGAAUGA